AUGGCACCUUUACAAGCACCUAUACUUCCUAUACCAGGUGAGACUGAUCAACAACAAGCACAACAACAAUACCAACAACAACAACAACCAUACUACACAGGUCAACUUCAAAAGAAACAAGCUGCAGAGGGGUCAGUUGAAUGGUACUUUGACCGAGGUGUCAACUGGAUGGGUGAUCAUCCUUGGAUAACAGGAUUUGGUGCAUUAACAGCUGCUUAUUUUGCCGCUGGAUUAGUUAAAUCCAAUAAACCCGGUAUUAAUGGUAAAGCAUUUCAUCGAGGUGGAUUCGGUUCUAAAAUGACCCCCAAAGAAGCAUUAUUAAUUUUGAAUUUAAAAGAAACAAAUUUGAGCAAAUUGAAAUUAAAAGAACAACACAGAAGAUUAAUGAUGGCCAAUCAUCCCGAUAAAGGCGGAUCAUCUUAUUUGGCGACUAAAGUAAAUGAAGCUAAAGAAUGUUUGGAGAAAAGAGGUGGAAUGAAAGCAAAGUAA